UCAUUUCCGGUGGUGUGAUGGCGGUGGAUUUGACUCCGCGAUUCAGAAGACUGAACAGUCAAACAUGUUUCAAAGACAACAAACAACUGUCAGGUGUCUCUGGGCCUUUCAAGGCCACUCAACUGUGGCAGAACAUCAUUGAGGCUUUGCAAUCGCAGGUGGAGCUCAGACCCCGCAGACAGCACCUGCGCAUCCAUCACAACUGCUUCACUGGUUCUGAUGCUGUAGACGUGGUUCUGAGCCACCUCAUGCAGAACAUUUACUUCUGUUCCAGUGAGGUGUCCCGUCUCAAAGCUGCCAAACUCUGCCAGGCAUUGAUGGAGUCUAGAGUGUUUGAACCCAUUGGUAUGAAGCUCUUCAGGAAAGAGAAGGAAAUGACCUUUGAGGAUUCCAGCUGCAGCCUCUAUCGCUUCUUAAAUAGUUGCGAUCCAUAUAAGAAGAGAUACAAUGAAAAUCAUACUCCUGAUAAACUGACUGGAAGGAUCACCACUUCGAAGUUUGGAGAAAGGCAGACCAUUUCCAACCCCUUUGUUCUUGGAUCAUCAGACAGAAGGGUGGAGAGACUACUGAAAAAUAUAAACCUACACCCAUCUGUGCCUUCUGAUCUAAAUCGGGCUGCAUUUUCCAAUGGUUUCCUGUCAAAAAAAGUGGUACGAGAGGUUUGGAAACAACAAGCGUUACUGCAGCUGCUGAAGGUGGUUGAGAUCCCGAUGCUGGACUGUAUUCUGACCUCACCUGCCAAACCUGAGCCUCUGCGGUCAUCACUGCGUAACCAUGGUGACCUGGUUAUCUCCAACACUUGUGUGGAUCGUGAAGUGUCGAAGAGCCUCAACCUGCUGGAGAUGGACUCUUGGCUGAUUGCGGCAGUGGAUUGUCUAGAGCUGUUCCCAGAUCAGUUUAUAGUGGCCGUGAGUGAGCAGCUCAUACAGCAGAAUGCAGCAGUGGAGGAGGAAAAGUUUGCGGCACACAAGAAACUGCUAUUUGACACCAUCGCCAAGUAUUACAAUAGCCCAGAAAGACAACCGCUACUGUCUGGACGCUACACUGACAUCCAGGCUGGAAUCCUGCAUCUCUUGGGUUGUGGAAGAAGUCAAGAUUCCCUAAAAGCAUCUCAACUGUUUCUGCACUUGGUGGAGCCCACAAGCAAGGAUGAAUUACGCAGGCUUUUGGGUUUUAUGGCAGCUGCAGCAGAUAAUAAAGGUUUUAAACUGCAUAAGCAGACUGAGAACCGGGCUUUGGUAAGCAGGACGUUUGUGAAGGCUGUGAUCCAGAAUAAAAAUAUAACGCGUAUCCAAUGUGAGCAGCUCUUGCUAUUCUUCAUGGAUAAUUACACGCAACUCUUCAAGACACCAUCAUCAUUGAUCACGGCUGUGAGGAACACUCUACACACUUUGCAACAGGGGAGGGAUCUGGAUAAUGCAGCAUUGUUUACAUUUUGCCAGCUGGUGUCACUUCAGCAGUAUGAGGACAACAGAGAUAAUGCCACUCAUGCCAGUUUAAAGCAGUUAAUGCACCAUAUCGCUCAAAGCGAUAGCCUAUCCGUCAAACAGAAGAGACGCCUCGCCAAGCAGUUUCAAAAGCAUCACCCAGGAAUCUUUCUUCAGCACUUCUUCUCUACAUUUUAGAAAGUAGAAAACACUGGAUAAAAUAUGGUUAAACAAUUCAGUUUUAGGAUCAUGGGAAUUAUACCUGGAUCCCACAUAAUGUAGCAAUCCAAAGAUUAGUUAUAAUUUUUUAACAAUAGACUACUGUGUUUGUAGGAUAGAUUCAGUUGCAGUGCAUCUGUGCAGUGCAUUGAACAAAGAUCACAUUUCACACUAAAAUUGUACAGUUUGUAGGUAAUUUAAAGGUGAGGUGAGUGAAUAUGCUGUUUUAUUAGUUAAUCUAUAACAAAUAUGAUAUGCUCAGGACACUAAAGGUUAGAGUUUUACUCUAGAGUUGCACUUGAAAUUUAAUGGAAAUGAGUAUUGUAUUAACAUACACAUUUAAAGCAUAGAUUCAAUUUAAGUUUCUUGGAACUAUGAUCACUUAUGUUUUUUUUUAUAAUUCAAUGACGAUUUAAUGAAUAAUGACCUAUAAGGGAUUUAUAGUAAGAUGGGGUAAAAUAGACUGUGUCUGUGUUUAAAGGAUGAUUUAUCAUAAAAACUAAGGGAAGUUUUAAAUGCUCAACUAAUUGUAGCUGCUAAAAUAAUGAUGAUGUACAAAAUGCACUGGAUUUGCUAUGGCGAUGCAUAUCAUUAUUUAUUUAGUGAUUGAAUAUAAAAAUGAUUGGACUUGUUUUACUGGUACUUUGGACUAAUUAUGUAUGCUAAUGCAGUAAUUGCUUUAGACUGACUUGGAUUUAGAUGCACUUUAAUUUUGUAAUAUUUAAAACUCAUUAAAAUUUCAGCAUGACUUCAAAGAAAGGUCAAAUUGUGUUUUGUUACUUUGUGCGUUUCUAAUAUUUUAAUUUAAUGCCCCCCCAACCCAUUUUUAAUAUUGG